AAGAUGGGUAGUGAAGUUGUCACUAUAUUACCUCAUUUCCUCUCUUCAUUUACCCAACCUACUUUCUUUCCAUCAUCAUUUCUCUCAUAAAAAUAAACACUAUAUCAUAUCAUCCCUUUUUCCAUUCAUUUGAUUCCUAAAAAUAACAUUAUAAGUUGUAACAUAAUGUUGUCAUUAGCUCCUUCCAUUGAUUCCAAACAAACUACUACCGCAGAAGUCUCUGCAGAUUCUGUAGUAACUAACCAACAAAAACAAAAACCCUCUGAUGAUUAUUAUGAUUCUACUAAUCAUACAUUUAAAUCUAAAUUACCAGAUAUACCAAUAUCUAACCACCUCCCACUUCACACCUACUGCUUCGAAAAACUUCCCGAAAUCUCCGAUCGUCCUUGUCUCAUCGUCGCCUCCACCGGAAAAACAUACACAUAUGCAGAAACUUAUCUCCAAUGUCGAAAAAUCGCAGCCGGCUUAUCCAAAUUAGGAAUCCAAAAAGGCGAUGUAAUCAUGAUUCUCCUCCAAAAUUCAGCUGAAUUUGUUCUCUCCUUCCUCGCCGCCUCCAUGAUCGGUGCAGUCACCACCACCGCUAAUCCUUUCUACACCAGCGCCGAGAUCUUCAGACAAAUAACUGCUUCCAAAACAAAGCUGAUUAUCACACAAGCAAUGUACGUUGGUAAAUUGAAGCAGAACGAGGAGAAAGAUGACUUAAUUGAUUUCAAGAUAAUCACAGUCGAUGAACCACCGGUGAAUUGUUUACAUUUCUCGGUGAUUUCUGAAGUAAAUGAAGAUCAAUUGCCGGAAGUUGAAUUUGAUCCGGAAGACGCGGUGGCGCUUCCGUUUUCUUCCGGCACCACCGGAGUACCUAAAGGAGUAAUUCUAACACACAAAAGCUUAACAACAAGCGUUGCUCAACAAGUUGAUGGAGAGAAUCCAAAUAUAUAUUUAACAACUGAAGAUGUUCUUCUUUGCGUUCUUCCAUUGUUUCAUAUAUAUGCGCUCAGCACUGUGCUAUUGUGCGCACUGAGAGCAGGGAGUGCUGUUCUGUUAAUUCAUAAAUUUGAGAUCAGAACGUUGCUCGGUCUUAUACAGAAACAUAAAGUGACGGUGGCGAUGGUUGUUCCGCCGUUAGUUUUGGCGUUAGUGAAGAAUCCUAUGGUGGCGGAGUUUGAUCUUAGUUCGAUACGGUUGGUGCGUUCAGGAGCUGCACCAUUAGGGAAGGAGCUUGAAGAAAUGCUUCAUAACCGAAUUCCUCAAGCCGUUUUUGGACAGGGAUACGGUAUGACAGAGGCAGGCUCAGUACUGUCCAUGUCUUUGGGUUUUGCAAAGCAUCCAUUGCCAGUAAGCUCAGGUUCGUGUGGAACUGUUGUAAGAAAUGCAGAGCUCAAAGUUAUUAACCCUGAAAAUGGUCGUUCUCUUGGUUAUAAUCAACCUGGUGAAAUUUGUAUCAGAGGCCAACAAAUUAUGAAAGGAUAUUUGAAUGAUGAGAAUGCAACAAAAACUACUAUUGAUGAGGAGGGUUGGCUUCAUACUGGUGAUGUUGGCUAUAUAGAUGACAAUGAUGAGAUUUUCAUUGUUGACAGGGUGAAGGAACUCAUCAAAUUCAAAGGCUUCCAAGUGCCCCCUGCUGAACUUGAAGGCCUUCUUGUAAGCCAUCCAUCUAUUGCAGAUGCAGCUGUCGUCCCGCAAAAAGAUGUUGUUGCUGGUGAAGUUCCUGUUGCCUUUGUGGUAAGAUCAAAUGGACUUGAUCUAACUGAAGAAGCUGUAAAGGAGUUCAUAGCGAAACAGGUUGUGUUUUAUAAGAGACUGCACAAAGUUUAUUUCAUUCAUGCAAUUCCCAAGUCUCCAUCAGCAAAGAUACUGAGGAAAGACCUCAGAGCAAAGUUAUAAAGUACCACCUAAAUGCCUUGAGAUGCUAGAAGCUUUUUCACUUCUGUUUUUUUGGUCAAAAUCUUCCUCAUUUGUAUCCUAAUCUUAGCUAUUAGGUCUCAUGCUUAAUUUAUGUAUCGAUAAUCCAAGAACAUGUUAAAGUUGGAUUUAACAUGUCUCUUACCAUCCCCCCUUAGCCCUAAUUGUUAGUUCUAUUAAGUUCUGUUCUUGUUAUUGCAUCUUGAACAUUUUCUGAUAUGCUUCUAAAGUGAGGUAGAUUUUUGUGUA